CACCCUCCCACUGUAUUGGGCCGCGAGGAAGUCGCAAGAUGGCUGAUGUCGCUUGGAAGUAACGUUCCCCUCUGCAACAUGCAGCCGUGAGUGUGGAAGAUAGCGAGGGAGGCACCAUCGGGCUUUUGUUUUUAUUUUCUUUUAGUUACUUUUCUUUUAUUUCGUCAAACAUCCAUUUCAUUCCGCGUCGUGUCCGCCCCGGACUUGUCUUCGGGAGUUGACGCGUCACAUCACGCCGGGACCCUGCCAGCAGCUAACGGCUAACCUCUGUUAGCAAAUAUAAGUACAGCCACCCAGACUACCAGGCACAUGCUUAACUGUUUUUUUACACAAAGUCCGACAGCGGGGAGGCAACAAAUAACCAUUUUGAAAAGCACCGGAGCUUCUUAGAGCUCGUGAGGUACAAAUGUGAAGAAAAAAUCGCUGAACGAAUUUUCAAGCUUCUCGUGAGAACAUUAUGUCCGCCAACUGGCCAUCCAGCCUGUGGGUCGCCGACUAAUACGCAGUAUUACGGAUCCUAACGUGCACUAACCAGCAAAAGUGUCAUUGAUGUCGAUUUCCAAACAAAAUCCACCUUCGCGAUUCAUGCUUUUUUGUUGCUGUCAGACAUAUGCGAUUCGAAACCCGGUCUCUCGUCGAGGCUAAAUAAUUAUGGGAGCAGGAAAUCUGUUGAACUUUUUCUGGUCGUAGGAAGCAACACUGGCCUUUGCUGGCAUCCAACCAAAAACCCCAAAGGAUGGACACUAAACCGAGUAGCCACCGUCUAAACUGAGAAAUUGACAUUUCAGUAACUCGGAUUAAUUCGCAUUGUCAGAGUCUAUUGCACAUUUUGUGCGCUAGUUUUCCAGGCUCGGGUGCCUUUUUUACGUGCUUCUUCUGUGGCGUGAACUUAACCACAGUUUUUUGUCACUACAUCGGAGACGAGUUAGCUUGCCUAAGGUGCACAGCUAGCUCCCGUCUCCCCUACAGAACAUUACAAACACGGCGUACAGAACGUACUUAGACCCCGCUCCCGGCCAGACACACCGGCUUAACAACACCGUCAUGGGAGUGCAGGGCUUUCAAGAAUACUUGGAGAAGCGGUGUCCCGGGGCCGCGGUCCCGGUGGACCUCCUGAAGCUCGCCCGCACGGCGGCCCGUCAGCCCCCACACCACCAUCACCCACACCACCAUCCACAUCACCCUGGGCCCAUGCCUCCCCCGCCUCCGCCUGCCAGGAUCCUGAUCGACGCGGACUCCAGCCUCCAGCGCCUGUACGGCGGUUACCAGACGGACUGGGUGUGCGGAGGCGAGUGGAACGCCAUGCUGGGCUACCUGGCCGCCCUGUCUCAGGCCUGCUUGUACCAGGGCUGCCUGGAGCUGGUCGUGGUGUUCAACGGCACGUUGGGGAAGGAGCGCUGGCCCGAGUGGGCGCGGCGAGCGCAGGGCCAGAGACAGACGGCGCAGCUGAUCGUCAACCACGUUAGCAGCAAGGCCACCCCGCCUCCCCGGGCAUGGUUCCUGCCCCCGGCCUGCCUCAGCCACUGCGUCCGCCUCGCCAUGUUUCGCUUCCGAGUGCGGGUUGUGCAGACUUUAGAGGACCACCACCAGGAAGUGCUGUCUCUUUACAGGGACUAUGGGUUUGCCGGCCUCAUCGCUCAGGAUUCCGAGUUUGCUCUGUGCAACGUACCGGCCUACUUUUCUUCCCAUGCGCUCAAACUGAGCUGGAAUGGCAAAAACCUGACCACACACCAGUACCUGCUGUCUGAGGCUGCCAGGCAGCUCGGCCUGAAGACACACCACCUGUCACUCUUUGCUGCUUUGCUGGGGAAUCAUAUUCUGCCUGAUGAGGACCUGGCUGCCUUCCACUGGAGUCUGCUGGGACCAGAACACCCGCUCUCUUCGCUUAAGGUGCGAGCCCAUCAGCUGGUGCUGCCGCCAUGUGAGGUGGUCAUCAAAGCCGUCUCAGAAUACGUCUCCUCCAUCAAGGAUUUGGGAAACCUCGACGCCAUCGCCAGAGAUGUUUUCAAACAGUCACAGUCGCGCACAGAGGACAAAGUAGAGCGAUUCAAGAAAGCUGUGGACUACUUCUCAGCUGCCUCCAAACCACGCUCGCCCAACAUGGGGCCCUCCUCCUUUAUCUUACCUGGGUUUGGACCCACUCCUUUUGGGGGACCACCUGGCCACAUGGGACCCAUACAGCCUGGAAAGAAUCAGUUCCUUCCCCCCCAGGUUCCAGGGUUAAAGCCUCCCUUUCAGAACGCUCCCUUUGGACCUGGCCCCGCCGCUCUGUUUCAGGCCCCCCCGCCGCCAUCCCAGGACUUCAAUGACACACUGACAGGAAAGAUGGGCUUCUCUGACUGGUCAGCCCCAUAUGAUUCCACACAGGGGGGUAGUCGAUUACCAAACCAUCACACCAGCACCCAGCCUGGUCCUUCUCCGUCUCCUUCCUCGUCAUCAGAUGGAGAGGAGCCCAACGACACCAACGCAAACCAUUUGACAGACAAGCCCUCCCGGUGGGAGGAACCUGCCGGAAGAGGGGGCUCAACCUCUGCCGACGGUUCCCAAGGCAACGGGAGCAGCUCAAACAUUCCGUCACUGUUGUCGAUGGCGACACGCAGUCACAUGGACAUAACCACACCCCCACUGCCUCAGGUCAGUGCUGAGGUUCUUCGUGUAGCCGAACACAGACACAGAAGAGGACUGAUGUACCCCCAGAUUUACCACAUUCUGACCAAGGGGGAGAUGAAGAUGCCAGUGUGUAUAGAGGACGAGUGUAACUCUGAGCUGCCUCCUGCCUCUCUGCUGUUCCGUGCUGCCAGACAGUACGCCUAUGGCGUUCUUUUUAGCUUGGCUGAAACCCACCGUCGCCUGGAGAGGCUCGCCCUGCGCAAAAGGACUCCCCUAGAAGUUCCUCCCGUGAUCGUCAAAGAGUGGAGCAGCGGGAAGGCCAAGUCUGCCCUGACUCCAGAGCUGGUUCCUGCUCUGUGUUUCCGAGAGUGGACCUGCCCCAACCUCCGGCGCCUGUGGCUGGGUCGCGCCAGCGAGGACCGCUCCAGGAGAACCCGGGCUUUCCUGGCGUGCCUUCGCUCCGACUGCCCAGCCCUUCUCAACCCAGCACAAGUCCCACAGCAUCUACUGCUCAUGUGCUGUGUGCUCAGGUACAUGAUGCAGUGGCCUGGAGGAAGGAUUCUGCAGAGACACGAGCUCGAUGCCUUCUUAGCCCAAGCUGUUUCCAGUCAGCUCUAUGAGCCCGACCAGCUGCAGGAGCUCAAGGUUGAGAAGGUGGAUGCCCGCGGCGUUCAGCUGGCUGCUCUUUUCAUGGCCGGUGUUGACACAGCGUUGUUCAUCAAUGAUGUCUGCGGGCAGCCGUUGCCAUGGGAACACUGCUGCCCCUGGGGUUUCUUUGACGGCAAGCUAUUCCAGAGCAAACUGGCCCGGGCCGCCCGAGACCGGGCCGCCCUGCUGGACAUGUGCGAGGGGCAGGAGGAGCUCGUGUCAAAGGUGGAGAAGAUGCGCCAGGCAAUCCUGGAGGGCAUCAACCUGUCCCGCCCUCCUCCCCCUCCCCCUCCCCUUCCACCUCCUGCCUUCCUCCCCCCAGCCAUGGUACCCCCUUUCUAUCCCCUGCCCCCUCUCUACCCACCCCGCCCUAUGGGCGGAAUGCCCCCUCACCAUCACCCGCAUCAUCCGCAUCACCCUGCGCAGCACAGAGCCCGCGCUUUCCCAGGCAUUCAGUCCAUCCCUCCUCAGGGAGGGAAACUGGAGAUAGCUGGCAUGGUGGUUGGCCAGUGGGCUGGGAACAAACCAUUUCGUGGGAGAGGGGGUUUCAACAUGCAGGUAGUGUCUGUGGGAGCAGGAAAGGGGAGGGGUAAAGAGACUCCAGCUAAAUUAAAGGGAGGGAAGAAACCAGCUGCCAACAGAACACAGUCAUCACCCCCCCCAUCCAGCAGUCCCCCAAAGCCCUCAGAGGAGGAAGGCUCUACACCAGAGACUGAGACUCAACAGCUGAAUGGCAGCUCAGCAGCCUCCGCCAUUGGCCAGCCCUUGGAGCUGGCCUCUCUGGUCCAGCCAAUCCAGUGUGCCUUAGCCAGCAGAGACAACCAAUCAGAGGGGGUGGAAGUGGAGGCCCCCUGUUGCCUUGACGACUGCCCGUCAGAUGAAGCGCUACAGAAGGAAGAGUGACAGCGUCCUUGCUAGGAUGCGCUACUCUCAGAAAGUUAUCUGUGUUCGACUGCCUUUCCCUGUUUUCGUAGCCCUGUCUGCUAGCUGUGCCCCGUCAUCACAUGGAGCAGGAAGUGAGCCGAGGGCCCCCCCCUCGGCUCCGAGCUGCUCCAUGUGAUGGACCGAAGCACCUAGCCGUUGCUCCCUUUUAUUUUUCUCAUGUGGUUUUACAUUGUUUAAUGAAGAAAGGUCUUCUCCACGAGUUCGCAAGCGCCCCCACCCCUCAAAAAGAUCCUGUAUUUCACUCCCUUCCACUCAGAGCAAAACCAGCUAAAAGCUGUGUCCCCAUCACGACCCACCAAUGAAACAAGGCCCCUCUUUUCCUGUUUAACAGGAGAAACUGUACAGUUCUUAUUUAGCGUUUUAUGAUGGUCCCAUGGUUUGAAUCUCUGCACACUGACGUGACGCUUGUGAUUACAGUGACUUUUAGGAUGUGGUUUCCAAGGUCAUAGCUGCUAAGCCUGGUCGCUGUACAUGGUAGUUGUGCAUUGAUGUGAUUUGUUGCCAUCUUGUGAGUUGUUUGUCUUGCGAGGAGCUGCUCAGAGUUUGACUCCGGGCAUGCGGGUAUGUUUUGAACGUUAGUUUGUGAGCAAUUUUAGGCACAGCUGCUGCAUGAACGGUGUCAGCAUGUGUGCUGGAAACAAUCCCCCCCCCCCAAUAGGUUGGUUGAUAACCUAAUCACUGGAGCACUGCGGAACCAUCACAAUGAGAAUGUGCUCUCAGAUUUUGACCUAUGUAGCAUAGCCUAGUGUUUAUUUGCUCUAAGAGACCCCACGAAUUUAUGCACCUUAAGCCCUAAAGUAUGCAAGAUUGUCCCCUCCCCUUUUGUCCCAAAGCUUUGAUUGUAUUAACCCAGCAGAAGCACUUAUUGUUGUAUUUAAAAAAUAAUGAAUCAGAGAAAGCCCCUAUACCGCUGAAUCGACAGCCUGACAGGGGUGUCCCCUGCGCCUGAGUAAAUUUUCUUAAGGUAUGUAGAAAUACAUUUAAAGGUAGAGAUCUAUUUGAGAGACGUCAGAAUGUGAACAGAGUGGUUUUCAAAAUAAUAGAAGCACUUUGUUUUUAAAAAAAGUUCAACCACACUGGACAGUCCUCUACCAGUUGAGAAAGAAUUAUUCAAAAAUGGCAAACUCUGAGGCACCUUUUUGACUUUAGGCCAAAAAAAAAAAAACAGACUAAUAAUGCUGCCCAAUGAAAAGGGAGACGGAUGAUGAGGUCAGGGUGACUGCUGCCAGGCAGCACUCCCCUUGAAGCGACCUCAUGCAUUCAGACAAGACUUCUCAAUGAAGCUCAAAGGAUCCUUGAGCAAAGACAAGUCAAAGACUCAUAGGAAUCAUUUCAGAUUUCUAAAAGUUUUUUUUUCUUUUCCAAAGUGUACAUUGUUAAGGCUCACCUCCUAAGACAGCAAGUCCUGGAAAAAGGGUGUGGCACCCAAGCCUCACCACUCUGGUGACUGAACAUCUGUUGUCAUUACCGUAGCCCGACACUGAGAGCCCAAGAUCUUGCCUCAACACGACUCUGUGGGCUGCACCGCCAGUCACAUGACAAGGGAGUGGAGGCCGUACAGCGGACCCAAGCGUGCCGCUCCAAACCUUAGACUUCUAAGAUAUGGAAAUGUUUUAUCAGAGCACUUAUGUUUGUAGAGAAUUACAGUCCCCCCUAACCCCUCCCACAACGUAGGUUUCAUCUGACAAACAGAAGUAAACGCUUCCCACCGAUAGCUGGUAGCACCGCUGCAGCUAUAGACGCAAUAGACCGACAGAUAUUACCUGAGAGAUGCUCACCAUGAACAUUGCCGUCUCUCAAGAUUUACUAAGAAAUGCUGAAAAAAUGGCAAGUUAGAAGCACCUUAUUUUCUCACGACGUUGACUUGCGAUCUAUCGUGUGCCACGAAAUUGACACGGGAAAAUUUCUCUCUCAAAGUUAACAGUUUUGAAGGAAAAACAAAACCCGACUCUGUGUGUGUUAGAGUAGUCACGUCAGACACCCCCUCAGUUUAGAAAAUGUGACCAUUUACAGAUGACCUGGCUGGGAUUGAAGAUCUGCUCCCGUCUCUGCGAGACUGAGCCACUUCGCCGUCUCUUACAUCAACAUUGAAUGAGAUACAAGGUUUAGACCUGUCAUCCGUUUUUGGUAGGGAGUAACCCGUUCAAGCGCUUUAGGUGUUCUAGGUAAAGAGUAGAUAACCACACCGAGGCUUAAUACAAGACUGUAAAACACAAAGACACCAAGACUAGACUAGAGAAUAAAAGCUCAACUGGCCGAAAUGUUAUCUAGGAGUCAUACACAACUGAUUUCUACCGACAUUAAUGCAGUUAAAGUGUACGCGACAGUACAUCGUUUGGAGAUAGCUUAUCUGCAGCGAUCCGGAGUGUAAUCUGGUAGACGAUGCCCUCUCUCGAUUCGCUCGCCAGAUAACAGUUGAAGCACACACACAACAGAACACAAACACUCAUUCUCACACACACAUGAAAGACAGAUGCAUUUGUUACCAGCAGCAUUCUCCCUGCUUUUGUGCUGAAGUGGUUUUUGUGCAGUUCGAGUUCAGUGGAGUUGCCGUCGGUUUCGUCUCAGAUCAUUUUGGUAACAACGUCACACUGACUCAAGAAAUCCCACGCUCACAUGCAUGGAUUAAAAUGACACGGUUUGGGGUUCAGGCGGGCAUGGAGCCUGCCAAACACUCACGCGCACACACACAUAUACACACAGCACACUGGUAUUGACUCACAUACUUAUGUGUUAAAUCCUAAGUUACACAGUAGCUAGUAUGGAAAAAAAAAAGUCAACACGACAUGAUGUAGUGUCCCUCUUUUGUCCUCGUCUGUUUUUAGUUCAUUAGGUAUUUGAUCAGUGAUUUUUAUGCUUGUUAUCCUAACGACCCCCCCUCUACUCACUAGCUUCUCUAUGCCCUCAAACCACCCCCAUAGUUCCCUGCAGAGCACAUGCAUCUAUUCACACACACCCACUGAUGCUCAGUAAAAGCAUACAUGCACACGAGACACAGAAAGACAAACACAACACGCACACACAAACCCUUCCCGGCGCCCCUCUUAUUUCCGUUUUUUUUUCUCUUUCCCCCCACUUCCUGCUCUGCCGCUCUGUUAGCCCGUUAGGAUCGUUUCUAUUGGCCGUUUUUUCUCUUUGGGAUGCCCCACCCCCUAAUCAACCCAACUAACAGUUAAAGGUUAUAUUAACGUUGAUAAUCAGUUUCUGUAUGUAUCUAGCCAGAAUGGAAAAAAAAUCUGAAAAAAAUCUAAACUCUUAAUCAAAUGUGCAAAUGUGUUUUUCUUACUAUUUUAAUGUUAUUACAUCUUUUAAUCUUCUACCAUUGCUUCAGUUAGUACUGAAAUACGCUUAGCCAACCUAGAGAUUUGAUCUGUAAUGAUUGCCAUUCUCCUUACCUGUAUUCAGUAUGGCAUCUUUAGACCACUUCACCGUUUCUUCUGUAUGUAGGUAAAUAUUGCCCAUUUAUUGAAUUGAAAAUCGUCGUCUGCACUAUGUUUGAUUCACAUGAUGUCCCCGGAAUACGAUUUCUCUUUUCUUUUUUGAAUGAAUCUGAACUCUGCGCCCUCGCACAAAGCAUCAAAACAUCUCGUGUUAAAACCUGACAACCAAAGUACACCUAACAUCCAUUUCCCAUAGUCCUUUGCCUGUGACUCACUUGACAGUUCCCCCCUCAAGUAACUUUUGUCUCUCAGAAUUAUGAUUACCGGUAUAUAUGGUAUAAAUAUGAAAUGACAGCACAUGUAGUUUAACUGACAUGUCUGUGAGAUGAUUGCAUUUUCAUACAGUGGUGGUUGUGGAGAUGCAGAUUAGGAAAGUCAGCAAGUAUUCAGUUCUGUGGAUGAAACUAGGAACCCGUUUGUGUUCUGGCAUUGUGGGCAAAUCCACGUCUCCGAGUUCUUCUGAUGGAAUCAAGAUAUGGUGGGCUGUUCUAAGCAAAUGUAGUACACUUUUUGACUCCGGAAUUGCACCGCUCUGUAGUUACAGAAGUUUCUACGCCCCAAUCUGUCUUGUAGUUACUGUGUUCAAACCCUUUUUCUCCCUGGAAUCAGUUCGGUUGAGUGAACAGCAGAGGCUGAACUUUGCCUGCCUGCUGGAAAAUCUGCAUGGAGUCAGAAGAAAAUUUGAUGUUUAUUUGCUAAUUGGAAAAAAAAUCAAACAACUUGAAUAGUUGUUAAAAGAAGACUAACUUAAGAAAACAUUUCUUAGUAGGAACUUCACGUUUUUUGAGACCCUCACAUAAAUUGAGUGACCGGUACAUUUAUUAGUAGAAUGUAAAUCUGAGUCUUUACACCAGAUGUUCAGCUACGUUCAACGUAUAACAAAUUCUAAAGCACCUUAUUGUUACAAUUAGGAGAAGUCUUAAAUUCAGUUCAUAGAGCCGAGUCCCAGGAUAAACGUGUACGGUGACGUGUCGUAGAAACAGUAUUAUUGUCUGUUAAGCAGGAAGUUGGAUAGAGUCAUUGAGAGGAGCUGCACCUGCCCUGAUCUGUCAGAUCUGUGCAUUUCACUGCAGUUUCUUCUUUUUUGGAAUAACUGUUUGUCCGUCUCUACACUGCCACCCCCCCUAAAGUUUCUGUACACCAACACCUCCACUCCCCUCGCCCCGAUGGCUGAGUCCCAUUGAUUCUCGGUCAAUCCUCAGCAGAAUGUGUCCUGACGAAAAAGAACCUAAAACUUACCUGUGCAGCAAAAAACAUAAAAAAAAACAACAAAAAAACAAGGUUAAAAUGUAUCCAUAAUAUAAUUGUUAUAGAAAUAUAAUCAUCAUCCUCAUUAUUGCUGUUAUAAUUAUGGUUGGUAUAAUUUGUCAUCGUUAGAAUUAUGAAAGCACCAGACGGCUUGAAGAAAGGUGAGAAAAGAAAGAUGGUUUUUUUUUUUCUUUGGAUUUUUUUUUUAUUUUAUUUUAAAUUUGUCUGGCUGUUGGUGGUCUGAUCUCACAGAAGGAGGGGAGAAAAGGUCCAGAAAGAGACAAAGAUGGCAGUCAUGUUUGUACUGGUUGGGAAACGACUUACAGUGCUGAAAUAAAAUUUAUUCUUUUAGUAAAAAAAAGUA